AUGGCGAUCAAGACGGCAGCCGAGAUCGAAGCCGCCGUCGAGAGUGAGCUCAAAGGCACACCUUUUGCGGCCUCGUCUCUACGGCCACUCACGGGCGGCACCGCAAACUUCAUGUACCAUGCCCGUCUGCAAACCCCGCUCGCCGACGGAACGACAGAGGUUGUUGUCAAGCACGGCGAGGGCUAUGUCGCCCAAAACCCAGGGUUUACCCUCACCAAAUCCCGCUGCGAAAUAGAGGAGGAGACGCUGCGGCUCCUCGCCCGACUGCCGCACGCAUCAACCGCCGCCUGCGAGGUCGGCACGCCGGCCUUGCUUCACUUCAACCCGGAGACGUCGACGCAGAUACAAGAGUACCUUCCCGAUGCUCUGAACUUGAAGCAGUACGCCCUCCGGCACUACCAGGCACCCACCUCGGAUGGCUUCAAGCCGCAGUGCCUCCAGCUCGGCCGCUGCCUCGGCACAUGGCUGCGCGACUUUCAUGAGUGGAGCGAGCAGGCGGCCAACCACCACUUGCGAGAGCUCUUUUCGCGAAACGGGGAGAUGCAGAAUGUCAAGAAGAUGAUCAACUACGACCGGCUGCUUCACAUGGUGGCCAAGUAUCCGUCGGUCCUGGGAGGAUGCGCCGACGUGUUGAUGCAGGUGUCGGACAUGGCAUCCGCCGAGCUCCAGGACCCGGCGCGUCUCCAUGUCAUCCACGGAGAUUUCUGGACCGGAAACAUCUUGCUUCCCGACGUGGCCAUGGACGACGGUAAACCGACGCCGAUCAAGAUUGUGGACUGGGAGAUGGCCCAGCUCGGCGUCCGACCCCUCGACCUGGGCCAGGUCAUCGCCGAGCUGUGGCAGCUAAAGCUGUACAAGGAGAUCGAGGCCGGCAGCUGGAUCAUCCAGGGCUUCGUCGACGGAUACGGCAGCGUCGACGACAAGUUCAUGCUGCGCGCUGCCGUUCAUGUGGGCGCGCAUCUGAUAUGCAUCGGUUCGAGCACGUCGGGCUGGGGCACGCCGGCGCAGAGCGAGCAGGUUGUCAAAGCUGGCAGGGAUGUGCUGCUCAAGGCGUGGAAGGGCGACGUCGGAGCCUUUGACGGACAUGAUCUCGCAUGCCUCCUUAACACACGAUGA